UAGCAGCCACGGGAAAUCACUUCAUCAAUGACAGCCACACGAGGCAAAUAUCCGACGACCACGAAACCUGACGACGGCGGCACUUCUGACGGCGACUCCGACGACUGAACAACUGGCGGUGAAGACGACGACCUUGGCGUCGGAAUAGUGGCGAUCCAAACCUCGAACAAUUACGCGGUGCGUCUGAACGGAAUCGACGGUAGCGGUGGCGCGGAGUCUGAACAGGGUCGGCGGCAGAGGCUGGAAGAAACCCUUGAACAAGAUGGAGAUGGACCCGAAUAGGCAGCGGUAGAUGAAACCCCACGAAUAAGAGAACAGUUAAGAAAUUGAUCGUUUAUCAAGACCAACCAAGAAGAAGCUAAGGCUCUGAAACCAUGUCAAUUAUAAGAAAAAUAAUUCUCUUGUAUAUCUUUCAAAGAAUUGAUACUAAAUACAAUAGGAAAAAAUAAUUUAACAAAAACAUGAAUUUGCUUAGGUAUUUGGCUACUAUGAUGAUAUUUUUAUCUGCAUGAUUUUCCAGUGCAGUUUGAAUGAUAAGGUUGUUUUAUUUAUCAGUGUUCAUGCAAAAUUUGGAGUGUGCCAUUUCCAUGGUGCAGGUAAACAGAAUGCUUAAGCCAGACAAAUGGCAGUCAGCAUUUGAUAGUGAUGGAAAGGCUUUUGGCUUUCAGAAGGCACUCAAAUCAAUAGUUUUGGGGGGUGUGGAUCCGUCUAUUAGGGCAGAAGUAUGGGAAUUUUUGCUUGGUUGUUAUGCUGUAGGUAGCACUGCUGAGCAUCGAGGUCAACUAAGAACAGCCCGAAGGGAACGUUACAAGGACCUGAUAAAGGAGUGUCGGAUGAUACAUUCUAGCAUAGGAACUGGUUCCCUUGCCUACCCUGUGGGUUCUAAAGUUAUGGAUAUGAGGACGUCGUCUAAAGAUGAAGGGCCAAGAGAAGCUGAAAGUGAAAGUAGGGAAGCUUCCAUUCAUAAUACUAAUACAGUAGAAGAUUCUUUUUGUAGCAAUAAUAAUUGUAUAGAUAAUUCAUACACAUGUCAAAGGAAAAACUCAUGUAAUUCAGCAGAACUCGCGAGUGUUAGGGGAAGCACAGAUAGUGCGGUAGAUGAGUCUACCUGUUGCGUCCCAAAUUCUGGUCCUUGUAAUUGUUAUUCCCUAAAACCUGGGAGUGAAGCAGAUGGAUCAGCAAUUGUUACAGAAAAUUAUUAUGAUUUUCCUCUUCCUGUCAUUGACUUGUUUGACAAGGACAACAAAGAUAAGAACAAAUGUUUCCUGCAUAAUGCCAAACUUUCUACUCAACGUGAACUGAGAUUUGAAGAUGGCAACAUGCACAGUUUUCAGAUAAAUAACAAUGAAGAUUUAGUUAUUGAAUCAACAGCCUCAUCCUCCAACAAUGUUUCGCAUCCCAUUAGCUCUGAGAUUGAAAUGAUACAUCUUGAUUCAAGUGAUCCAGAAUUUCAGCAGAAUAGCUUGUGCAAUAAAACCGAACCAAAAAACAAAUUAAUCUCAAAUGUACCAGAAAGGGAAUACCUAAAUGCAACAAACUACCAUAAUGGUGCUGUCAGUGGAGAUAGAGUGUCUGAAUGGCUGUGGACCCUGCACCGAAUAGUGGUAGAUGUGGUUCGAACAGAUAGUCAUCUUGAGUUCUAUGAAGAUACGAGAAACUUAGCUAGGAUGUCAGACAUCCUUGCAGUUUAUGCAUGGGUUGAUCCUGCAACUGGUUAUUGUCAAGGAAUGAGUGAUUUGCUGUCUCCUUUUGUUGUUCUAUUCGAGGAUAAUGCUGAUGCAUUUUGGUGCUUUGAAAUGCUCUUAAGGAGAAUGCGUGAGAAUUUUCAGAUGGAAGGACCAACUCGGGUGUUGAAACAGUUGGAAGCAUUGUGGAAAAUUUUGGAACUUACUGACAGGGAAAUCUUCACUCACCUGUCACAAAUAGGUGCUGAGAGCCUUCAUUUUGCAUUUCCGAUGCUCUUGGUACUUUUUCGUAGGGAGUUAUCAUUUAAUGAGGCACUUUGUAUGUGGGAGAUGAUGUGGGCUGCUGAUUUUGACGAAUCAAGAGUUUACAAUUUAGAGGGUAGUUGUCUGGAAGCAUUGACAUUACAACUACCAAGAGGCUCGGGAGUUGAAAUAAGUGAGGGAAGAAUAGCCAAUAGUCAGAACAACAUGAAUGACACCUUACAAUCCAAUAAUGGGAAUUUAGAACGUUCUUCAUGUGACAAUGCUGGAAUGAAGUCAACAUCUGCCCAUGCAUUUUGUGGCUUGACAAGGAAUCUUUGUUCAAGAAAUGAUCAUAUGAAGAAGUGCUCUGUAAUAUCAUCAACUAAGCAAGGAGAUGAUGAGCUUCCUGUUUUUUGUGUUGCGGCAAUCCUUAUAAUGAAUCGCCCGAAGAUAAUUAGAGAAACACGUUCUAUUGACGAUCUGAUUAAGAUUUUUAAUGAUAAGAUGCUGAAGAUUAGCGUCAAAAGAUGUAUACGUACAGCAAUAAAAAUGCGGAAGAAAUACCUUUACAAGGUAAUCAAGAAAAAGAGCCUCCAAUCUCACAAUGAGGACUAGAAACUGCACCAUUUAUACAAUGCAACAAAAGUACAACAAUAGCAGGUAUUUUAAAUGGAACAGUUGAUGAAAAAUGCAUUGGCAGUUCAAGGAUUCAUGCUGAUGUUUAUGCAACUGUUCUCUGCUUCAGAUCAUUUAUCGUGCAGGGAUAAUGAAAUGGGAAGAAACAUCUUUGCUUUUGUCGUCUACAAUGGACUAUGGGAAGUUCUUUGGCAGGUUUAAGGUCAUCGACUCCAUUUUCAGAUCUUUGUUCCUUUUAAGUAUGGUAGUGCUGAGGAGGGCAUCUUAGAAACUUUCUUACACUUCCCAGAGCCAGAGGGGAAGUUAGUGUAUUUCAUUUUUUGGUAGCUUUCAUUAAAUUGAGAGUUAUAAAAAGCCACCAAGGACAUUACUGUUUUACACCCUUCCAAAUGUGAGUAGAAAAAGCAGAUUUCAUCCUACAGAGGUAUUUUUUUGUAUUUCCAAUUUUUUAUAUGCCAUUGAUGGCAAAAAGUAAUCACUGUAUAUUGAGGUCUUAACUUCUGUGCUUUUUUUUUCUUUUUUUGAUACCAAGAGAUCUUGAUUUUAAUUGGAUUAUGUGCCUAUAUUACAUUCAAUGUAGAGCUCGUCCUCCAAAGUUUGGUCUUGCAAAAA